AUGGUGAAGGAGAUGUUCUCGCGCGGGAAUAUCCGCGUUCUGCGCGAUAUUCAGGCUCGCAACACCGUCGCCGCCAAUGAAGUCACCCGCCGUGCAUACCUCUACGUGGCGCGCAAUCAGACUCUGCCGGCCCAGGUCCGGUACCAGGCCCAGCUACAGUUGAACUCGUUCAGCAAAUAUGCCCGGCCGACUACGGUGAAGAACCGCUGCAUUGACUCGGGACGGGGACGGUCCAUCAUCUCGGAGUUCGGCCUCUGCAGGCAAAAGUUCCGAGAGUACGCCCUGGCAGGAGAGCUCCCCGGUGUCAGGAAGGCUUCUUGGUAG